AAUACUAAAAACAAUAAAUUAAUGCUCAUCCAAAUUAUACGAAUGCUCAUGGAAAAGCCAUAAUUUUCAUUACAAGGUAUCAGCCAUACAGCCUGCAUGAUACACCUUCUGAGUUCAGGAUUUGAUAUGAUCAGACGUUACACGAAAUACGACUCAGCAUUUUUCAGUGAGUUUAUCGUCAGUGCAUGUUUUCCAUAUGUACUUUCUGAUAAGUGUUUUCUGCCAUUUCUCGGCCAAAGUCACAUGCUAAACCGACUCACUCUGCACAAGACGCAGUAGUGUCUUGGGUAAGCUAGCGGGGCAUCUUUAAGCAUUAAACUUUACUUUUCUCUACCCACGCAGCAAUAAUUGAUAUCCCUUGCCACAAUUUCUCUCCCAGAAGUUUUUGGUGUCAUUUUUAUUCCAGAAAAAUGGGUUCUCUGAAGAGCGAGACGGUCUCGGGCGGAUCAAAUGAAGCUAUCGUAUACGUCAAUGGGAUCCGACGAGUACUGCCUGAUGGUUUGGCCCACAUGACACUUCUUGAGUAUCUAAGGGAUAUUGGUCUGACGGGGACAAAGCUAGGCUGCGGUGAAGGUGGUUGUGGGGCAUGCACAGUAAUGGUCUCUUGUUAUGAUUUGAGCUCAAAGAAAUGCAUGCAUCAUGCGAUUAAUGCAUGCUUGGCUCCUCUAUAUUCAGUAGAAGGGAUGCACGUCAUUACUGUAGAAGGAGUUGGGAAUAUCAGGCAUGGCUUGCAUCCAGUCCAGGAAUCAUUAGCCCAUACUCAUGGCUCACAAUGUGGGUUUUGUACUCCGGGUUUCAUUAUGUCCAUGUAUGCACUGCUAAGAUCAUCUCAAGAACCUCCUACAGAAGAGCAGAUUGAAGAAAGCCUUGCAGGAAAUUUAUGUAGAUGCACUGGUUACAGACCUAUAAUGGAUGCAUUUCGAGUAUUUUCCAAAACUAAUGAUGCUAUGUACACCAAUGGAUCACCAGGAGGUGAUUCAGAGUUUCUUUGUCCUUCAACAGGUAAGGCGUGUUCAUGUGGUUUGAAAGAUGGAAGUGUUGAACAGAACAGUAAACACACAAGUGAUGGUUGUGGCUUGAGACCAAUAUCUUAUAGUGAGAUUGAUGGAACUGCAUACACCAAGAAAGAGCUCAUUUUCCCUCCUGAACUUCUAUUGAGGAAAAUGUCAUCUUUGAGAUUGAGCGGGUCAAAUGGAUUAAGGUGGUAUAGACCCUUGAAACUUCAAGAUAUGUUAGAUCUUAAGGAAAGCUACCCAAAUGCGAAACUCGUGGUAGGUAAUUCAGAGGUUGGGAUUGAAAUGAGACUAAAACGAAUACAAUAUCCCGUUUUAAUCUCUGUUGGUCACAUUCCUGAAUUGAAUAAGUUAACCGUUGAAAAUGGCGGCAUAACAGUAGGUGCUGCAGUUAAGCUUUCACAGCUUGUUAAAUUACUAAAAAGGGCUUGUAGUGAGCGAGAUCUAUAUGAAACUUCUUCAUGUAGAGCUCUCAUGGAGCAGAUAAAGUGGUUUGCUGGAACACAAAUACGGAAUGUUGCAUCGGUUGGAGGGAACAUCUGCACUGCCAGUCCAAUAUCAGACUUAAAUCCUCUUUGGAUUGCUGCUGGAGCAAAACUGCAAAUCAUAGACUGCAAGGGAAAUAUCAGAUGGUCAUUGGCUGAAAAUUUCUUUCUGGGUUAUCGCAAAGUGGACCUGGCAAGCAAUGAAGUUUUGUUAUCUGUGUUUUUACCAUGGAGUAGACCGUUUGAGUUUGUGAAAGAAUUCAAGCAAGCUCACAGGAGGGAUGAUGAUAUUGCAAUUGUCAAUGCAGGGAUGCGUGUUUUUCUUGAAAGGAGGAAAGAGAACUGGGUUGUUUUAGAGGCAUCACUUGUAUAUGGGGGGGUUGCUCCUCUUUCUUUUUCUGCAUCUAAAACAAGAGAUUUUUUAAUUGGGCAAAAUUGGGACAAAGAGCUAUUGAAGAGUGCUUUACAAUCUUUGAAAGAGGAAAUCGUGCUGAAGGAAAAUGCACCUGGUGGAAUGGUUGAAUUUCGUAAAUCUUUAACCCUUAGUUUCUUCUUUAAAUUUUUCUUGUGGAUUUGUCAUCAAAUGGAUGGAGAAAACUUCGAGAGGAUGCCAUCAUCUCAUUUGUCAGCUAUAGAACCAUUAAGGAGACCAUCAUUGAGUGCAAUUCAGGAUUUUGAAAUUAGGAAGCAUGGGACUUCUGUAGGCUCUCCUGAAGCUCAUCUUUCAUCACGGCUGCAGGUUUCAGGGGAGGCAGAGUAUACUGAUGACAUGCCCAUGCCUCCAAAUAGUUUACACGCUGCUCUCUUAUUGAGUAAAAAACCGCAUGCACGCAUACUUUCAAUAGACGAUUCAGAGGCUAAGGCCUUUCCUGGAUUUGCUGGAAUAUUUUAUGCCAAAGAUGUUCCAUGUAACAACAUGGUUGGGCCAAUUAUAGAGGAUGAAGAACUUUUUGCAGUGGAAUAUGUUACUUGUGUAGGUCAGGUCAUUGGAGUGGUUGUUGCCGACACUCACGAAAAUGCAAAGCUUGCGGCUGGAAAGGUUCGUGUUGAGUAUGAAGAUCUGCCCGCAAUUCUAUCUAUAAAGGAUGCUCUCAAAGCUAAUAGUUUUCAUCCAAACACUGAAAGGUGUUUGAUAAAGGGGGAUGUUGACCAAUGUUUUCAAUCAGGUCAGUGUGACAAGGUUAUUGAAGGAGAAGUUCAUGUUGGUGGUCAGGAACACUUUUACUUGGAGCCUCAAAGUACUCUAAUAUGGUCAGUGGACGGUGGUCAUGAGGUGCACAUGAUCUCAUCUACACAGGCUCUUCAGAAACAUCAGAAGUAUGUUUCUCAUGUUCUGGGUCUUCCAAUGUCUAAAGUGGUUUGUAAGACCAAAAGAAUAGGUGGUGGAUUUGGAGGCAAGGAAACUAGAUCUGCUUUUGUGGCUGCUGUAGCUGCUGUUCCUUCAUACCUUUUGAAUCGUCCAGUAAAAAUUAUAUUGGACCGAGAUGUGGAUAUGAUGAUAACUGGACAGCGACAUAGCUUCCUUGGGAAGUAUAGGGUAGGCUUUAAGAAUGACGGGAAGGUUCUUGCAUUGGAUCUUGAAAUCUACAAUAACGCUGGAAACUCACUUGAUCUAUCAUUAGCCAUACUUGAACGGGCUAUGUUUCAAUCAGACAAUGUCUAUGAGAUACCAAAUAUCAGAGUUAUUGGAAGAGUCUGCUUCACUAAUUUUCCCAGUAAUACAGCUUUUAGAGGGUUUGGAGGUCCACAGGGUAUGCUGAUCACUGAAAAUUGGAUUGAAAGAGUUGCAGUGGAGGUUAAGAAAACUCCUGAAGAAAUUAGGGAGCUGAAUUUUCAUAGAGAAGGCACAGUCUUACACUAUAGCCAAAAGAUUGAACAUUGUACCUUGGAACGUCUGUGGAAUGAAUUGAAGUCCUCCUGUGACUUUGGUAAUGCUCGUAAAGAUGUUGAAAAAUUCAAUUGUGGCAAUCGGUGGAAGAAGCGAGGAAUAUCCUUAAUUCCAACAAAAUUUGGGAUAUCUUUUACAACAAAGUUCCAGAAUCAGGCAGGUGCACUUGUUCAAGUCUACACUGAUGGAACAGUAUUGGUUACUCAUGGAGGUGUGGAGAUGGGGCAAGGUUUGCACACAAAAGUUGCUCAGAUUGCUGCAUCUUCCUUUAACAUCCCACUCAGUGCAGUUUUCAUAUCAGAGACUAGUACUGACAAGGUUCCCAAUUCAUCACCAACGGCGGCUUCUGCCAGCUCUGAUAUGUAUGGAGCUGCAGUUUUAGAUGCUUGUGAACAAAUAAAAGCAAGAAUGGAGUCAAUCACAUCUAAGCGUAAUUUCAACUCUUUUGAAGAGAUGGUGAUUGCAUGCUAUCAGGAGAGAGUAGACCUCUCUGCUCACGGAUUUUUCAUCACUCCUGAUGUCGGCUUUGACUGGAAAACUGGUCAAGGAAACCCAUUCAGUUACUUCACCUAUGGGGCUGCAUUUGCCGAAGUUGAAAUUGAUGCAUUAACAGGAGAUUUCCACACCAGGAGAGCAGAUGUUAUCUUGGAUCUUGGCUUCUCUCUUAAUCCUGCAAUUGAUAUUGGACAGAUCGAGGGAGCCUUUAUACAAGGAUUGGGCUGGGUGGCCUUAGAGGAGCUAAAAAGGGGGGAUCCGGCCCACAAAUGGAUUCCAUCUGGAUGCCUAUACACAUGUGGACCAGGAACGUACAAAAUCCCUUCUGUGAAUGACGUUCCUUUCAAAUUCAAUGUUUCUCUUUUAAAAGGAGCUCCACAUCCGAAGGCCAUCCAUUCCUCAAAAGCUGUAGGGGAGCCACCCUUCUUUCUUGCCUCGUCUGUAUUUUUUGCUAUUAAAGAUGCCAUUGCAUCAGCAAGAGCAGAAGCUGGCUUUAAUGGUUGGUUUGUGCUCGAUAAUCCGGCCACACCUGAGCGGAUCCGCAUGGCUUGUCUGGAUGAGUUCACUAGUGCUUUCAUCGACACCGAUUUUAGACCAAACUUGAGCGUGUGAUGUAUCUGAAGUGAUCCUAUCGUACAUUUUAUGCCCAUUUGGCGCCAUUUUAUGUAUGUUUAUUAGUGUUAUCAGUUGGCUGAAUAUUUUGAUGAUAUCACAAUAAUAUUUUUGGUUUCACUGGGAAUUUGUUAAUAAUUAGAAAGUUAUCACGAGGUAUUUUUUUUAACCCAUUUCAGCCAAAUUUGAUGAGCUCCUUAUCAUGUAAAAGCACAAUAAUCUGAAGAUAGCCAAAGCCCACACUUUAACGUUAGAAAUGGGCAGCUUAUGUUUU